AUGUCCGGGAAUUCAUCUGCAACACGAAUUGCAAUCAUCGGCACGGGGAAUGUCGGCUCUGCCAUCGUCUACGCCCUUCUUCAUCGCUCCAUGAACUCUGAGCUCCUUCUUGUGGACAUCAACCCUUCCAAGCGAGAUGCUCAGAUAUGUGAUUUACGAGAUGCUGCCUGUGCGGAAGGAAGCACCACCCAGAUCCGCAGCGGGACAUUACGUGAUGCUGGUAGUUGUGAUAUCGUCAUUAUCGCUGCCGGCGUAAAGAAAAAGAAAGGCGAAACCAAAGUUCAACGACUUGAACGAACGAAUGCGAUCCUACAGAACAUUAUUGGCGGGCUGAGACCAUUCUUGCUUCCUUCAACCAUCAUCUUGGUCGUCUCAAAUCCGGUUGACGUGCUUACAACAUUGGCGUACAAACUAGCGGGAUUACCAAGCUCACAGGUUAUUGGCCUAGGCACAUACUUGGACACUGUAAGGUUAAGAAGGAUAAUGGGAGAGGAUUUGAGGAUAUUUCCAGAUUGUAUCCAAGCAAAUAUGCUGGGCACCCAGGAUGACGGUCCCGAGGCCGAAGUCCUCGCAUGGUCCACAGCUGAGGUCUCUGGUGUUCCCAUCGCCGAAUCUUCACUUGCCAUCACCGGGUCCGAGUGGACAGCAAGAUUACACCAAGAGGGUUCCGAUAUGGCGCACCUCAAGGGCGCUCCUGUGUUCAACAUCGCUUCUUCCGUAGCCUGCAUCGUCUCGGCGAUCAUCUUUGAUAACAAACCGCAAGCGGGAUUCCCUGGUCCCAGGUUUCCAUUGGGACCGAUGCCGAUCAGCCACUAUCAAGAGUCGCUGAGGUGCAGCAUCAGUCUGCCAGCGGUGCUGGGUAGAAGCGGUGUUACUAAAACCGUGGCCGUAGAGUUCGAUGACAGUGAGCGGAAGAACAUGGUGAAGGCAGGUUCUGUGGUCUCGGAGAUAGUAGAGCGGCUGCUUGGGGAUGGGACGGAGGGGGCGGAUGAAUAA